ACAGCUGACGCGUGCGCCGCUGUCACUGUCACGCUGUCACCGUCUGUCAGAAAUGUUCGCUUACGUUAUACUCGCGUCAACUCUACUGGCGUUUGCGGCCUUAGACCCCAUCAGAGGAGGUUCAUGCCCACCAACUCUAUCAGUGGACAUUUGCGAUGGCCUCUGCAGCACAGCCAAACCUUGCGCAAAUUCCACUCAGCUCUGCUGUCCUACAGAUUGUGGUGGUUCUAUGUGUGUAGACGCGGUGACGAAGAGAAUCUUUGAAGACGUAGUGAAACCAGGUCGCUGCCCAGAGCAUCCAGGCGGAGUGUGGGUCUGCAGUCACAUGUGUACCGGCGACUCCGACUGCCCGCGCUCGCUCAAAUGCUGCGCCAACCGCUGCGGCGCCUUCACGUGCCAGAAACCUACACCUGAAUAAAUUAUAAUUAAAUUUAAUUAAAUAAGUAAUCAUUUAUU